GGCAGCGGAGAAAAAAGGUCGGGGCAGCGUUCUGUUCACCGGGUACCGGUCUGUGUGGGCUUGUACAGUAACCACAUCCCCCAUGUAGUCCGAUACCACAAGAGGCACAAGGAGUUCUACCUGGUCAGCGCCGUGGGGAAAAGCUUCCUCACUUACAAUGUGAACAGACUUGGUCAAGUUGCUGUCAGCAAUGCUCUUCCAGAAGAUAUUAAUUGUCUGGCUGCAGAUCGCAUGCUGGUAUUUGUGUCUCAUGGGAACCUUCUUAAAGCAUUUGCAAAGAACAAAGAGGUAGUUCACACAUACAUUGGACAUGAGGCAGAAAUUCAUCUAGUGCUCCCAUUUGGUGAUAAUGUAAUAUCUGUGGACUCUGAUAAUAACAUGAUAAUUUGGGAUGUUGAGUCAGAAGAGGAAUACUUACGGCUGAAUUUUGACAGAAGCAAUUUUGCCAUCUCUGCUAUAAUGCACCCAAGCACCUACUUGAAUAAAAUUCUGUUGGGAAGCCAGCAGGGAACUCUUCAGCUCUGGAAUGUCAAAUCCAACAAACUGCUGUAUGCAUUCAAAGGCUGGGAAACUGGUGUGACUGUUCUUCAGCAGGCUCCAGCAGUUGAUGUGGUUGCUGUUGGGCUGAGGAGCGGCAAAAUUAUUGUACACAACAUCAAAUUUGAUGAAACGCUGAUGAUUUUUCAUCAAGAUUGGGGACCGAUUACUGCAAUAUCCUUCCGUACAGAUGGACAUCCAAUAAUGGCAGCUGGAAGCCCCAUUGGUCACAUAGGUCUGUGGGAUUUGGAGGAAAAGAAACUGAUGAGCCAAAUGAGGGAUGCUCAUUCCACAGCUAUUGCUGGGCUAACGUUUGUUCAUGGUGAACCCCUGCUCAUUACCAAUGCUGCGGAUAAUGCAUUACGGGUCUGGAUCUUUGAUGGCCCAGGAGGUCAAGGACGCUUGCUCAGGUUCCGUAUGGGUCACAGUGCUCCACCCACUUUCAUUCGACAUCAUGGUCUAAAUGGCAAGCAGAUCCUUAGUUCAGGCCAAGAUGGGACAUUGCAUUCAUUUUCCACAGUUCAUGACAGUUAUAGUAAAAGCCUUGGUCGUGGUUCCGUAAAUAGAGCCAAAGCUAAAAAGAUGGGUUCGCGUGGAGCAUCUUUAAGACUUCCUCCUGUCAUAUCAUUUGCCUCUGAGACGGCACGACAGAAUGAUUGGGAUGGUAUCAUUGCAUGUCAUCAGAAUUCACUAAAGUGUACCACUUGGAAUUAUGUAAGGUCUACUAUGGGAGCACACAAGCUAACACCUCCUAGUCUCAAGCAUAUCAAACAACAUGGUGUUUAUGCAACAGCUGUAGAGCUAACAAGUUGUGGCAAUUUUGUGGUGAUUGGCCUGUCGAAUGGCAAGGUAGAUGUGUAUAAUAUUCAGUCUGGAUAUCACAGAGGCAACUAUGGAAAACGCACAGCCCAUGAUGGCUCAGUCAGAGGGGUGGCUGUAGAUGGCUUAAACCAAAUGACGAUCACAGCUGGCAGCGACCAAUUAAUCAAGUUUUGGAAGUUCAAGACAAAAGAGUUAAUUUGGACCACAGACCUCAAUAUUUCUCCAACAGCCAUGUUGCUCCAUAGAGAGAGUGGAAUGUUGGCGGUUUCUCUGGAUGACUUCAGCAUUAACGUUUUUGACAUUGAAACACGGAAACUUGUAAGACGGUUCCCUGGACACAAUGGCAAGAUAAAUGACAUGAGUUAUAGUCCAGAUGGCCGUUGGCUAAUGACUGCAUCAAUGGACUGUACAAUCAAAAUCUGGGACUUUCCAUCUGGAUGCCUCAUUGACUGUUUCCUGCUUGAUUCAGCUGUUGUCAGCCUAACCAUGUCCCCUACUGGAGAUUUCUUGGCCACUGCUCAUGUGGAUGACCUUGGUAUUUACUUGUGGUCAAACAAAGCUCUCUUUUCCUUGAUCUCAUUACGACCACUUCCAUCAGAUUAUGAGCCUAUUGUAGUUAUGCUUCCUGGAGCAAAUGAUGAAAUUGAAGAAAAUGAACUUGAAGUAAGGGAAGACUCCAGUGAGGAUAUGAUGGAAUAUGAGUCUCCAGAACAGUUAGCAGAGCAACUGGUGACCUUAUCACUGUUACCUGAGUCAAGAUGGAAGAAUCUCCUCAACCUUGAUGUCAUUAAGAGAAGGAACAAACCCAAAGAGCCUCCGAAGGUGCCUAAAUCAGCACCGUUUUUUAUCCCGACUCUUCCAGGACUUGUUCCUCGCUUUGGUUCUGAGGCCCAGGAGGAAGAUCCUCAGUCUAAAAUUGUGAAUCUUGGAGUUCUUGAACAGAAAUCUACUUUCUGUGUCCAGCUUGAAGAAGCCCUUUAUCACCAAAACUAUGACAUUCCACUGAAAACAAUAAAGGAGAUGGGACCUUCCAACGUUGAUACAGAGAUUCGGAACUUGGCUCCAGAAGGCGGUGGUUCUGUUGAAGUAAUGCAGAGCUUCUUGAAGAUGAUUGGCAGAAUGUUGGACAUAAAACGUGAUUUUGAGCUUGCCCAGGCUUAUCUUGCUUUAUUUCUAAAGAUCCAUCUGCGGUUCAUUUCGGCCGAGCCAAAGUUAUUGGAUGAGAUUUCUCUGUUAUCUUCGCACCUUGAUGAGACGUGGCAUCAUAUGCAGACCUUGUUUAAUCAGAGCUUGUGUGUUCUAAACUACAUGAAAAGUGCUUUAUUGUGA